AUGGAUAAUAAAGAGAAAGAAGACAUUUUAGAGAGAUAUUAUUUUGAUGAGAAAAAUCCCGCUGCUUACGCGGGUGCGCAAAAACUGUUUCGUGUUCUUGAUGAUAAAUAUCCUGGAAUAUUUUCUGUUUCCUACGUAAAGCAAUGGUUAAACGAUCAGGACGCUUACUCGCUUCAGAAACCGAGACGACACAAAUUUAAGAAAGCGAAUGUGCGAGUGACGGCUAUCGGCGAGCAGCUGGACAUUGAUCUUUUGUCGAUGUUUAACAUAGCUGAUGAGAAUGAUGGUGUGCGUUAUUUGCUUUGCGCCAUCGACAUUCUGUCCAGGAAACUGUGGGUGAAACCAUUGAAAAACAAAACGGCAAAGGAAGUUUUAAACGCUACCAAGGACAUGAUGAUUGACAUUUCUCCGAUAGAAAUCCGCAAGGUUCGAGCGGAUAAAGGUAGCGAGUUUUCUAAUCAAUGGUUUAGGAAAUACAUGAAGAAUUUGAACAUACAUUUUUUCACCACAAACAACUCCCCGAAAAGUAAUUUUGUAGAGCGAGUUCAAAGGACUCUAAAAGAGAGAUUGUAUAGAAUGAUGAGACACAAGAGAACUUAUCGAUAUAUCGAUGAUCUUCAAAAUGUGGUCGCGAGUUACAAUACAACUCCUCAUCGAGGUUUGCACGGUUUAGCCCCUAAUGAUGUCAACAAAAGCAACGAAGCCGAUGUGUGGGCGAAAAUGUAUUUGAAGAAGUCAAACAAGCCAAUCGCCAAACCUAAUUUUCACUUUAAAAACGGUGAUCUCGUUCGCAUUAGCUUCACUAAACAGCCCUUUCAGCGUGCCUAUCAGGAACAGUACACCACGGAGGUGUUUAAAGUGUCAGGUCGAAUUCUUAAGCAAGCCAUUCCCAUGUACAAACUGAAAGAUUUAAAAGGUGAUCGCAUUCAAGGUUUGUUUUAUUCCGCUGAACUGCAGAAGGUGAACAAAGACGAAAACAGUUUAUGGUUUAUCGAGAGUAUACUGAAGAAACGAAAAAGGAACAGAAGACGUGAAUAUUUUGUUAAAUGGCAAGGGUUCCCCAAAACAUUCAAUAGUUGGGUAGAUGCUGAUGAUGUUGAGGACGUUGCGUGGAACACCAAAUAA